UACAUGAUCAUCAUCGCUGCAUCAUCAUCAUCGCUGCAUGAUCAUCAUCAUCAUCACUGCAGCAGCGGUACUCGCAUUGAGAAACUGAGCGUCGGCGAAAGACACCGUGGUAGAUGGAGCCGAGGAAUCGCCCUGAGCCUGACGACGUCGAGGCGACUCGCUCAGCAGACACGGACGAAUUCCUCCAGCGCUUCGGACUGCGCCUGCAAGCGCGCAGACCCAGCCACGUGGCGCUCAUGGCAACCGCGGGGUCCCAGCGCGACUCGCGACGAGACGCAGGCGACGACGAGGAGGAGGAGGUGGAGGAGGUGGAGGAGGAGGUGGAUGAGUGGUCGAGCCACGAUGGGCACCGCGCGUCGAACCGGGACGCGGACAAGGAGGCGGCGAGCCCGCAGCGCCAGCAGGCGGCGCCCAAGCCCAGUGUGGAGGGCGAGCGUGAAGACGAGAGCCCCAACACCAUCAUCACCAUCAGCACCACCACCACCAUCAGCAGCAGGAGCAGCAGCAGCAGGGACUGGAGCAGCAGGACGCGGGCGCUCAGCGACACGCCGAGCCUGGCCGAGCUCCGCUCCGCGCUCAAGCUGGACGCGCAGACCGCCGUGGAUGACCUCACCCGGCUGGCGGCGAUGCGCACGGACGCGCUGAUGUCGGGCGGCGGGCACACACCGCCCGCUCGCAGGCGCAGCAAGUUCUCGGGCUUCGGGCGGAUCUUCAAGCCGUGGAAGUGGCGCAAGAAGAAGAAGAGCGAGAAAUUCCAGCAGACGUCCGCGGUUCUCGAGAAGAAGAUUUCGAGCCGUGCGAGCAGAGAGGAGCUGAUUCGAAAAGGAGUCUUGAAGGAGCUAGCCGAGACAGACGACCAGACGCCGUCACCAUCCGAAACCUCCGAGGAAGAGGAUCAUGGGACUCCUGGAGCGGCCAAUCAAGAGGCAGAGGCACAGGAAGGGGCGGAGACUCCUGAGCAUGACCAAUCGGAUUCCACAAGUGCGGACCAAGAUAAAAGCAAAGAAACCAAGGACGCUAGCGGGAGCCAAUCAGACGAGCAGGCGCAGCCCGCGUCGCCCGCGCAGCCCAGGAGGUCGGCGGGCCAGGCGCCGGAGGCGGCGGCCGACGCUGCACACCCGACCAAGGAGGCCGGUAGCGGCUGCCCGGCCAAGCAGCCGCCGGCCCUUCCCCCGAAGCCCUCGGCCGCCGCCGCCGCCGCCGCCGGCAGUGGCGGCGGCGGCGGCGGCGGCGGCGGCGCCAAGACGGCCGCCGCCGUAAGCGCAGGCGAGUGCUCGGGGCCACCCCAGAAGGGCCCGGUGCCGACCAGGGCCUCUCCGCCCGCGGCCUACAAGCGCAUGGCCGUCUGCUUCGCGCCGGCCUCCAUGGAGUCGGCCAUCCUGCGCAUGCAGCAGCAGCUGGCGGCUUCAUCGGCCGCAAGGCCCAGUGGGGGCCUGCACUUCCUUUCUCAGCCUGCCAGCUUGCCUGGUUGCCAGCCGACUCAGCAGAGUCCCCAGAGCUCACAGCCCCAGCAGCCCCAGCAGCCCCAGCUCCAUCAUCAGCCCCAGCAGCAGCAGCAUCAUCAGCAGCAGGCGCCACCGUCUUCCUCGACGUCGCAGGCGUUCCUCCUGCAGCCGCCCAGCAGCGUGAUUGAGGAGCUGAACCGAGCGCUCGCCAAGGCUGCGCAGAGGAUCGAGGGCUACACCGUGGCCGUGCCGAGGUCGACGUCGUCGCUGAGGCUGGAGAAGGAGUGCCCGACACCGCGGACUACCGCCACGGGCCUCGCGGACGCGAAGGAGGCUCCACCGCCCGCGCCCGCCUCUGUGGCCUUUCCAGCGGAGGAGAACAAGGAGAACCGGGAGAAUGACGGGGGGCCCUGGCUGCACUGGGAGCAUGGCGACGAGAUCGAGGCCUACACAGGCCUGGCGCGGAAGGUGGCCCGGCGGGACUCGCUGGCCGCCAAGCUGCGGAACCGGCCCAGCAAGGAGGAGCUGGAGAGGAAGAACAUCUUGCCGCGGCAGUCGUCCGUCGAGCGCCAGGAGCAGCGGCAGCAGAUCGGCACAAAGCUGUCGCGGAGGCUCACCCAGCGGCCGUCCGCGGAGGAACUCGAGCAGCGCAAUAUUCUGAAGCAGCGAAACACUGACGAGGAGCGAGAUGAGAAGAGGGAGAUCAAGCAGAGGCUCUCGAGAAAGCUGAGUCAAAGGCCGACGGUGGAGGAGCUGCGGGAGAAGAGGAUUCUGAUCCGCUUCAACGACUACGUGGAGGUGUCGGACGCACAGGACUACGACCGGCGGGCGGACAAGCCCUGGACCCGGCUCACGGCCGCGGACAAAGCAGCAAUACGGAAGGAGCUGAACGAAUACAAGAGCAGGGAGAUGGAAGUCCACGAGCACAGCAAGCAUCUCACACGGUUCCACCGGCCAUAAUCGCCGUUCGCCGCCAUACUCCUGGUCGGAAUUAUUUUUCUCUCCUCUCUGCGGACCCAACCUGGUGUCCACAGGCAGCCGCACAAGUGCCUGAUGAAGAAUGAGGAAUUUUUUUAAAGGGUGGGCCAAACCUUUGGCACGGAGCGAGCAAGACGUCUCAAACGCAACGCACGGGAAAAGCUUCCAAUUUAAGAUUUUGAAACUUUGAAACUCUUGCGGGGAAAAAAAGAAGAAUAAGAGAGGAAAAAACAAAACCGAGCAAACGCCGGUGGCAGCUUUCCCAAAAAAAUCUGUGAACGUCGCCAAAGUCUCCUUGUUCGGCGGAGAGAAAUCGCUUCCGAAUCCUCUUUCUCAUUGUGGCGCUGGUGGCUGCCGCACAACCUCGCGAGGAGCGGGGGAGAGGACGUUUGAGUUUGUUUCUCCUUAACGGCGGCGGUUUCAGUAAAAUUGCUGUUGCUGUCGAUGGAUUUGGCUCCGAUUAAAAAAAAAAAAUGAAAUCACGGCGGCCGAGCGAAGAAGAGAGCGAGCUUGCGGCGGGCGGCCGGGUCGGCCCCCGGGCGGUCCUUCCCGUCGCGAGGAGGGCGACGCGAAGAGGGAGAGAGCGGUGAUGGCACGCGGCACGUUGCGAUCCACCGUGGAGCGACAGCCGCAGGUUGGAGGCUCUUCAUCGCCCGCCGCCGCCGCCGUCUGCGGUGAACUGGUUCUCGAGUUUGCGGCGGACUGCGCGGGUCAACCGGAGCUGCGUGGCUGCGAUGGGUGAGCGGCCGCCAAUGCCUCGACAAGGCCACACACGGGCAGAUCUUUAGGACGCCGAUGGCGACGUCUACGCGGUCCAGCAGUAGCACAACGCUCAUUCUUUGCCGAAUCGAAUAUUAUCGAUACGCCGGAUCGUUUUGAUUUGGCAAGCAGUCGAGGUUUAUUUAUUUUGAACCAAAAAAAAUGUGAGGAGUAAACGUGGCGUGGUGGAAGAGGAAAGCGCUUUGGCGAUCGGUCGAGGUUCCAGUUCACGAUGUUGGUUCCCGAGACCAUCGGAGUGUCGCGUGUGCUCCAAGCACGCGGGCCCAGCCGGUGGGUCUCCUCCGCCCUUAGGUUCUCAUGGAGACACGUCUCUGCACUGUGAUAAAAAAAAAAAAUACACGUAAAAACCGCAAGGGAUGACGAUGUGUUAUUUUACAGCUGUAAAAAAAA